GACGACGUUUCGGAAUGAUCCUGGGUCUGGUGAAGAAGGAUCUUUGUCUUGUCAAGCGUUGCUCAGGAAAUCAGUGUAGAUUUUGCUAGCUCAGGCCAAGAUAUGAGUUGGAAGAAGGUUGAAUUCAAGGGCAGCGACAGCAUUGAUCGCUUGCAACGUAUCCAGAGUUUGUGCUCCUCAUCGGAUCCCAAGCUCGACGGCAUUCUGAUCAUCGGAGGCGUAGAUAGUUUCCACUCACAGGCGUCUCAAGCAGCUCUAAAGUACCUUUUCCUCGGUAAUUCGGGUCAAGAACUCCUAGGUGAGCAGGUGAUCCUGCAGGAACACGAACGUCUGGAUGAUGUGGUUCUACUCAUCUGUACACAACGAGUGUUCGUCUUUUACUCGUCUGAGAGCGACGCAGCCGUGAAAAUCCUGCCGGUAAUUUCCAAGUGGCGGCACGUGACGGAGUAUGUUGUUCAUGACGGGAUGGAACCAGAUGAGCUGGAAGAGCGCAAAAUUGGCGCCUUCAAGAGCAUGAUGACGGGUAUCAACUGUGUGGGGGUGCCCUUUGGGACGGACCAGAACGGUAUCAAUCUGCAAGACACGAUGCUGCCCGAAAAGUGGCCGUUGGUUCAAUCGUACGGACUCGAAGGUGGCGAAUCCAGUGGCAAAGGAUUCCUCUCUAUGAACCACCGAGUGGUGAAUGUUUCUCGACAAAUGAUGCACGUUAUGGCACAACUCGAUACGUUUAGUGCCAAGCGAGUUGUCCAGGAGAGCCAAGUGUUGAUAGCUCAUCACUUUGACGAGUUCCUGCUGAAACUAGACCAUGAAUCGCCUGGUGUACGCAAGUCGGAGAGUGAUUUGGGCGAGGACCUGUUGAGCUUUUACGAGUUUGGAACGAUGCAGUAUAGUGCUCGUGGCUUGAAAACUACUCCGAGCAGAGGUAGUCAAGUGCUAUUUGGCGUGAGGACGAGCUCGCUGACAGAAACGUCAUCUCCCAAGGCGUUUCUUGCGAAUUCGGGUGUGAAGGAAGACAUUCCAGCGACGCACAUGGUCGUACAGGCUGAAGACCCAUUCACGGGGGUGCGAUUCGCUCGCACUUACUUCUUGUCCUCGGGAAAAGUCUGCAAUCGCGUUGUCGAUGAUGAUGCGCUGGUGUCUUCUCUUGCUCAGUCCAACCCACACGUCGGGAAGACUGCGGUGGACACACAGACGCUGAUCGAGAUGUACGCACUGCUUCUCAGUCUGACUGCAGAAAUCAUGGAUGCUCGAGGACAGCAGGUUGACUCCCUCACCGAAGACUGGUGUCUCUUGUACUGCUCCAUGACAUUAGCGGAUAUCCCCAGUGGUGCCGAUCCAGCACUUCCGCUGGGCUCGCUUGUUAUUGGAGACACCUUUUUGUUUCACGGUCGAGACUCUCGUAGCCUGGCAGAGCUUGAUACUAAGCGAUUUCUUCACGUUACCAAACCUUUUGCGAACUUCCGCUCGUGGAUUCAAGCUGGAGAGGAGGCGGACGCUAUUGAUUUGUUGAUGCGAGCACUUCAGUCUGAGUUUAUUCUACAGAGUCGCUCCGUGUGUCUGGGUAAGGCCAUCGACUCCGAUUUCGAGGCCAACGAGGCACGGGAUGUUCAAGUGUCAAUGUCGUCCAAGGCCACUCUCCUCUUCAACAGCGAAUUUCUACCAAUCGUCCAUGGCAACUGGAGAGUUUUCUCUGGCGGCUUUGUGUUCUCCUGUCCGAAUUUCAACCCGAUCGUCGUGUCAAUUGAGCGAAGUGUCAAAAGCCUGACUAUCUUGCCCUCAUCAUAUGAAGAACUGGUGCUGCUGAAGUUGGAGUUCAAGCCAGAUGAGCACAGUCAGUUGACACCGCUAUCGAACGCCAUUCCGUUUACUUUGGAUUGCCAAGAUAUUUACAUCCCCAUGCAGUCCGGUUCACGCUUCCAGGAUGAAAUUUUUCGCGCUCUUGAGGCGUGGAAAGACACCGCUGCCGCGUUGAACAUUCCGAUUUACCGAACGAGUGACUUGAGCGAAACGUUUGAAGGCGACACACCUCGAGAUCACGAGGGCGCGAACUUCGACGUACCGAAUCACGUGAAAUCAACGUGCGAGCGGCUUGUACUGAAGCAAAUAUUUGUGGGUCAGGACGCUCGCACCGUAGAGAUGUUCUUCCCACAACAUUUUAUCCCCAAAGACCCAAAUGCAGUGACCACGCUUCCGAGAUUAAAUACAGAGGAUAUCAGCAGACUGAUCGUGCCGGUUACCAUCAUGCUGGGGAUCCCAGGAAGCGGUGUGCAGUCGUUGAGUCAGUCAGUGUGCCAGAUUGCGUCCGCUAGUUUCGACUGGGUCCAUAUUAAUGUCGAUCUUCGGGACUUGGAGCUUUCCCAGCAGCAGAAAAUGGAGACGUCUGGAUACUUUGUGGUCGCUGACAAACUAUCUCGAGAACUGGAGAGAGUCAAAUCUACCGCCAAAACUCUGCGUCUACCUCCUCGAAUCAUGCUGAGUAUCGUUGGAUACUUGGAUCCGAUCACAGUAGUCUGUGCAGUGCGACGUGCUUUUGAUAAUGCCUCACUUCCAAGCAAAAUUGGCGCUGUGAUCAGUUGUGUGAGUGCGACAAACGUGUACUUACCUGAUCCGCUGGCCACUCAAGCACCGUUCCCCAAAGUGUUUGACCAAAUGACGGCUGGGUUUGUGACCCACACGGUGCUGACUAAUAGUUCCGAUGUUUCAUCAGUGAUCCUCCAGCGCCUACGCUUCCACAUGGACCAAGUGAAUCCAUUCGCUGACGUAAUGGUUCUUUCCCACGAUGUAUUCGAGGGACCUCUCACUCCCAUACUUGCUGUAGAUCGAUUCGAAAGUGCGUAUUACAAGCAGUACCGUAACACUCACUUCCGAGACUGGGACAGUACUGCGAGUAAUAGCGCCGCUCCAGUGUUCACUCGAUACGUGGCCGAGCUGGAGCUUGCUCAUGCUCCUGUUAGCUACCGAUUUGAGAUUGUUCCUGGGAUGGAUUGGUCAAAGUUCUCGUAUCUGGUCGCCAAGACGCUGACACCGUUUGCAGCAAUGGCAAAGGCGACGGAUCGAAUUGAUCCGAUGGAGAGUAAAGCCACCAAAGGAAUCCGAAUUGCGCAGGCAAUUGCUGUGGAAAAAGUGCGUCAGGAUGGCCAGACGUCUGCUGCUACUUCAUUUGCGGAAGGCGUUUUCUCAAACGGACAGUCCCGAUCGUGCUGGUGUGUAGAAGGUCAAGUCGUAUUCAAGGACGAACCCGGUUGCGUGUACGAAUACCGUUCAUCUGGCACUUUUGCUCGGCUUUGGGUUGACGCGGACCGUCUUCGUAACAAGGCGGAAAGUCUUCCGUCGCUGGAGUUGAAGAUCACUGGACUAGGGCUGAACGCUGAAAAGUUACGUGAUCACCUUCUCAACUGCUAUGCUCAUGCAGAGGCUUCACCUAGCCAAAUUCGAUCGAAGGCUUCGAUCACUCUGGAUGAGAAACGUGAGAUCCAACGACAACAUGCAAUGGAUCCUCUUCCUGACGGCUACAUGUUCGACGGCACCAACUACGUCGACUUUUUCGGGGGUCGGUACGAAUUUCACCCGUGCAUCGCUCAAUUCAUUGACGAGUACAUCACGGCAGUAAAUGACGACCGUAAGGCGACAAACCUCAAAGCUUUAGAAGAACGUGAGUCCCAGCAGUCGUUUGUCAGGCAAAUGAUGUAG